AUGGCUGUCCUAUCCACAAGCGCCACCGAACUUAGACUGGAUUUGAUCCCGACAUCGUCACAGAUCCUGUCCAUGUCCACUUUGGCACGCGGGGGCAUUUUACUGGUCACAUUUGGCCUCUUCCGACUGGUCUACACUUGGCUGCGCUCUAUCUAUCGUGUGCAUUUCCAUCCUCUGGCAAAGUUUCCAGGCCCACGGGAAGCGGCUAUUUCCAGGGACUGGGAAUUCAAGAUUACCUCGGAGAAGGGCGCAUAUCCCGAGAAGGUGUACGAGAGGCUUCACAAGGAAUACAGUGAGUAA